AUGGUCAAGGUGUUCUUUGUCAUAUCUGGGUUUGCCCUGAGCGUCAAGGCCGCGGAAUACAUCACCUCGCCACAUUCCGCUAUGGGCUCCGCACAGCUUCAUCAACAUGUCGCAAUGUCCAUCCUCAAGCGUGCAGUUCGACUUUUUCUCCCGCCAGUGGUCACCACCUUCUGUGCGAUGUGCUUAGCAUACGCGGGGGCUUUUAUGACCAGGAGAGAGAUUAUGGAGCUCCCAACGGGGCUGGUGUACUUUGGGAUCGUUCGUCGUCAAACCUUCAGCCUCCAGCUAUUGGACUGGGUCAAAUUCGUCACGUGCAGGCUGAUGAACCCAUGGGUCUGGCUUGAUCGUGGGUGGCAUUUGGGACACGCAGAGAAAAUGGACGAUUUCUCAAUAUAUGGGCCGCACCUUUGGACCAUCCAAACUGAGUUCAGGUGCUCUAUGGUCCUCUUCCUCGUCCUGAUCGCGAUGUCACGGAUCCCACAAAGACGACUGCAAGAGCUCUUGUUGCUGUCGAUUGUCAUUUACUGCGCGACUUGGGGUCGAUGGGAUGUUGCCUUAUUUAUCAGCGGAAUGUUGUGUUGCCUGGUCAGCGCAAGACAGCAUGUGGGGCUUCCCGGGGCAGAGAUAUUUCCCAACAACGGUCUUCAAACUGAGAUCGAGGCUUCUCAGGUGCCAAGUCCACACGCUGUCCCAAAUACGAACUUAGGACUCGACCAGUAUAACAUUGAGGCAUCGAGUGAGGACAACCACGAGGACCCUGUCAACGAGGUGCAUUGGCUCGACUCAUCCUGGUGGGGACGGGGAAAACUACCCCUCUCUAUCAGAACAUUUCCUCGACAACGCUGGUUCUAUCGACUAACCUUUUCCUCCCCCACAAACCUCAGCUGCAGUAUUCUAACGUUUGUACUGCGUCGCUCAUUACAUUGGACAGCACUCAUAGCAAGCUUGUGGCUUCUGUCCUAUCCUGAGAGGGUAAGGCAAGAAACAUUAGGAUUUGAGACCAUGCGAAGGAUUAGCCCAGACCCUGACUUGUGGCAAUCAAUUGCCGCUGUCAUGCUCGUCUCUACUGUUACGAAGAUGCCUUCAAUACGUCGUGUCCUCAUGUCUUCCAUACUUCAGUACCUUGGCAAAAUCUCUUUCGCAUUUUAUCUUGUUCACGUACCGGUUCUCGAGUCUGUUGGAUGGCGGAUAGCUAACACGUGGAGGGUGGCGGCACAAACUCUGCAAAAUGGGAAAGACGUGGGAAAAACUACAGUUUUCUUAAGUUCAACUGUCCUCUCGGUGGCGGCACAUGCCUUCAUGUUUGCUUAUGUGUUGUUAAUCGUUAUAUACUUUGCCGACCUAGUUUGGAUAUAUGUGGACAAGCCAACCAUGAAGUUACUAUAUAGGUUACAAUGA